AGUGACGCAUAUACUCACAAGAGCUAGAUAGUCGUGUACAGGACACAUGCCGGCUAAGGAGUCAGGACAGUCCCGUAACCCUUUUUACACUUUGUUGAUUGAGGCUUAAGUUUUGCAUUGGCCGGAUUCACUCUGCUGUUGGAAGACAUUAAAAGAAUACACUUCGUAAGCUUUUCUUGAUUACUGGGAAGAUUUUCAGCUAUGGUUGACUCGCCCGUUAACUCACCGGAGCAGGCCAUCUUUGCGGACAUCAAUAACGAUCAUGAUGCAAAGGCGGUCUCGGACAAGUCCAUCGAUUCUCCCGAAGAGAAUAAUAAUGACUCAGAGGACAUCAAGCAAAAGCGAAAACAGCGCAGACAACGGACUCACUUCACGUCCUAUCAGCUACAGGAACUCGAAGCAAUGUUUGCCAGAAAUCGCUACCCGGACAUGGCAAUGCGAGAAGAAAUUGCAAUGUGGACGAAUCUGACUGAAGCUCGUGUACGGGUUUGGUUUAAAAAUAGACGAGCCAAAUGGAGAAAAAAGGAGAAGAACAAUCCUUCAAUUCUUGGCCAAGACAAGGCCAUGAUUUCAAAUUUGAAUGGCUUUUUCGAUAGUGGUGGGCCUGUUCGCUUUGAAACUGCUGCCGAAAACACGGCUUCCAUGUACUCGAAUUACACCUCCAACUAUUGGAAGCAGAGUUCGCCAAGUCUUGGGCCAUAUGGCACUCUUACUCAGUCUGGUAACUCAAUUGGAUACAAUUCUUAUUCGUCUUCUUGUCCAGUUCCACCUCCAAUUUCUGGAUCACUCAGUUCCUUUGCAACACCAAUUUCGAYCGAUAGUCCUGUGUAUGCCCCAAGCGCAGGUACUGUAGCAACCGUGCCCUGUGGCUACCCUCAGAGCUACGCCGGCUAUCAAGAGCAGAACUUAUAUCUGAAAACAAAGCCAUCGAGUAUGAAUCACCACCCUAACUACCCCCAACCUACACCGUAUGGUUCAUACCCAUAUGGAGUCGCAGAAAUACCCAUUUAAGGAUGGCAUGAAGUUCAGUGCAAUAAAACUGAUUGCUUCCAGGACAGACACACUGGAGCAAUAAAAUAAGACGGUAAUCAACGAAUUGCCAAGUUUUGGCAUGAAUUAAGUAGUUAUGUAGUGUAUUGCUGUAAAACAGACUUUUUUUUCUUGAAAAUGGAAAAUGGGGUUAUAAACCUAAACUUUCGACAACUAUAGAGUCAUUGUUUUCUGUUUUCAAAUUGUAUAAAUUUAGUAUUGGUGCAAAAGGCGUCUAAAAAGUAUACAGUCGAGAAAAACAAAACUAAAGGAUUUUUUAAAUAUCAGCGAUACAAUUCAGUCUGGUAUUUUCAGUAGUUUUAGUUAACAGCCGGUUGUUACAUUUUUAUCACAAAAAAGCUAAAAAAUGUAAAGGUAAAAUCGUAAAUUUUAGUUUGUUUCUGCUAACACCGGUAACAAAAUGGCGAUGAUUCAAUUCUUUAUAAGUUGGACGUUUUGUUACAAGGUGAUACGGUGUUUGCCUGACUCGGUCUCUUCUGUAUAUUUACCAAAGUUAAUUCUAGUAAAGCUGUUUUCUUAUUGAACUAAGAAGACCUUGAUACCCAAGCAAGUGUGUGCUAAUAAUGGUUUUGUUCAAGAACCGUGUUCGCUUCAUAGUUAAUCCCAAAUAGUAUUGAAGUUGUUAUURAAAGUAAUACCCCAGAGCUCUAAAAGUAACAUUCGACUACUGAAACGUGGAAACGAAAGAGCUUAAACGUAAAAAGGAAAAACAUGGGCCAAAAUGUAUGAUACAUACUUUAAAAAAAACAACUUGCAAACUCAAUACGCUUUUCAAGCUUAUUCACUUUUUUUUCUUCAUCGAUAAUUUCAAGUCUUGUAAUUUUUGAAUUCUUAGUCGAUCAUUUUUAUUUUUCUUUAAUUUUGUUUAGUUUUAAGUUUUAAUCAAUAAAAUGACUCCGCACGAAUAAGAUUUUGUCUACAUUUGAACUGUCGUUUUCUUAUAAAUUUUCAAUGCAAUUUGAUGCCAGACUGGCUAUACAACAGUGAUCAACCUUGAAUAGCUACCGCGAAGGCAUAUUGUUUUGAAAGUAAUUACCGUUGACAACAACACCAAAUUCCCUGCCAAAUUCCAUUCAAAAUUUUGUAGGUUUUAUAGAUUUAUCCCAGAAAAAGAAUGGUGUAUUUAAGCUGGUACAUUGCUAUUGAAAUAAAUGAUGUAGUUUAUCAA